AUGAUCUUGGUCAAUGUAUUGAACGGCUUCACUGCGCCCUCGAUCGUCAACAUGAAGGCUCAAACCCCCAGAGCCCUGGCGAUUUGGUUCUGCGUGUCGCUCGCGUGUAUGGCCCUCGGAGAACCACUCCCUGAUCCUACGGGAGGGUACAACGUCGGCGCUCAGCGUUUCGUCGUCCCCUUCUUGGAAGAUAAUGAUGUCGUGUGGCCGAACGGUGUUUCGACUGAGUACCUCGUCACGCUGUACUAUCCUACCGAAGACGAGAAGCCUUGCCCAAAGCCGUACCUCGAACCCGAGCUUGCCAAAUUAUACACCGACCUGUGGAGCUACAAUAUUUCUCACUUGACGUCGACGCUGAGAUGGAACGCGACUUAUCUGAAUGAAGAGAGCGGCCCAACACUUCUUUUCGGACCUGGUGGUUGGGGUGUUCCGACGGAUGGCGACUACAUAAUCAUCUCGGAACUGAUAUCACAUGGAUAUGUCGUUGCUGCGUUUGAUCACGUUUAUGAGCAGCCUUUUUUGCGGUACCCCAAUCGCACGGGCGUCUAUGGACUGCCACCGAAUUUCAGCAAUUAUACCCUUGCCUGGGUAGAGGACUUGCAUGCCGUCAGGGUCAGACAGCAGCUGCACUUCAUCGACUACUUCCCCUCACUCGUGGCAAGGCUUGAAGCUCCCUUUAGGACCACCGAUUUCGGCACAUUCGGGAUAUCGUUAGGAGGCUCUGCUGCUCUCACCGUAGCUCUCGAGAGCGAUGCAGUAGCAGCCGCUAUAAAUGUCGACGGUGCCAACUGGGGUCGAUUGAACAGCACAUCCGACUUGGACCUCAAGAAACCCUCGAUGAUUCUAGGCUUUCAGGGCCACAACGCGAAUUCGGACCGCACCUGGAACAACUACCGAGCCUGGCAGACUGGCUGGUGGCGUCUGUUCUCGGUGGAUGGAAGUUUGCAUCCUGACUGGUCUGACCUGGGGUUCUGGAAGACUUUCGGCACGACACGUACACAGGGGCCAAUUGACGGAAGGAGAAUGGUCCAUAUCUCAAGGACGUUCAUUCGGGCCUUUUUUGACGACAUCUUGCGUCAUAAUGACCAGCCUCUUUUGGACAGCCCUUCUGAAGACUUCACUGAAGUGCAUUGGGACGAAGUUCACAAUGGACCAUGA